AUGCUCAACCAUCAGCUGGCAACGAACCUCGCGUUGGGGCCUCUCGAAGACUAUUCAUGUAUCGAUCUGGAAGAUAUCAAGAAACAUAUCGCAACACUUCGAUUUCAAAUUCUAAAUGUACAAAAUGCCCGCUGCCCGCUCCUGCGCCUGCCGGGCGAGCUACGCGACCUCAUCUUCGGCUACGCCAUGCUGGCCGAAGUCCACGAUCGACGAGCGCGAGGGCGGUAUAACCAAAUAUUCGGCGAACCGGCUUUUCUACGCGUGUGUACGCAGCUACGCGCUGAUUUCGUCGAUGUCUGGUAUACUCGGUUCCUGGUCUGGGAGGAAUGGGAUCCGGUGAAGCGCUGCUGGAAGGACCUGCACCGGGGCGAGAUCCGGAAAGUUAUGAUGACAAGAUCGUCGAGCGGGCUGCGAUCGUUGACGACGCAGCCGGUCUACUGCACGCUGGAGAGGACGAGGGAUGCUGUCAUGGCGUCGCGGAGCAUUUGUCCUCGGAUGGGUUUGGUCAGGACGAGCCGUGAUCCGGCAUUACCGCAAGUGAGGUGGUGGAUCCAGUGA